AGAAGCUUGUUGAAUUGAAGGGACAUCUAAAAAGGUCGGCAACAAGCCUUUUUGUUAUUAAAAGGAUAAAAAAAACAGCCGGCGACUCCAGAAGUAUCGGCGUCGUGUGUUAAACCCGUCAAUAUUUCAAGCUCUUUCUCACUUUCUCUACUUAAGCAUCUCUGGGUUGAAGUUAAAGUAGAUAAAAAUGUCAGUGACACUUCACACUAAUCUCGGCGACAUUAAGUGCGAAAUUUUCUGUGAUGAAGUUCCCAAAGCUGCUGAGAACUUUUUGGCUCUAUGUGCCAAUGGUUACUAUGAUGGGACCAUAUUUCAUCGAAACAUCAAGGGUUUCAUGAUCCAGGGAGGAGAUCCAACGGGCACAGGCAAAGGUGGUACCAGUAUAUGGGGAAAAAAGUUCAACGAUGAGAUAAGAGAGUCUCUUAAGCACAAUGCUAGGGGGAUGCUGUCAAUGGCAAACAGUGGUCCAAAUACCAAUGGAAGUCAAUUCUUUUUAACAUAUGCUAAGCAGCCUCAUUUAAAUGGAUUGUACACCGUGCUUGGCAAAGUGAUCCAUGGUUUUGAAGUCCUUGAUCUUAUGGAAAAGACAAAAACAGGUCCAGGGGAUCGUCCACUUGCUGAAAUUAGGCUGAACCGUGUCACAAUACAUGCUAAUCCCCUAGCUGGUUGAAGUCAACCCGUGUCACUAGAAAUGCUAACCUUCUGGCUGGUGCCGUCGUGGGAACUGCAUUCAGGGGAAAAGUGCCGACUUCCUUAAAACGUAUUGUAGAUUGCAGUCGACUUGCUUUUUUGAAGUGCUAGUAUAGUGAUUAGUUGGAUAUCAAUGGCUCUCCUGCACAAUGUAUAGCACGGUGGGAUUUGUAAUUUCAUUAGCACAUCAUCUGUGAAAAGGUGUUAACUGUUCACUUGGUUACAGACUUUUGGUGAUUAAUGAUAAUCUUACUUUAUGAGUAAA